UGUCUGUCGUUGCUCGGCGGAUCGCCGCUCCGGAGGUUUAUAUCUGGGCCAGCGUUUCUUGUUUGGCCGCGGGCGGUCUGGACUGUGUCAUGUCGGCGUCUGCCGGAUUCGCGGCGGGCUUCUCUGCCGGCGGCGGCCAGGAGCCGGCCGUGUACCCCUACUACCCGAGCCCGCCCGACACGUACUACUCGCUGCCGGGCUGGGGCUACCCGGCCGACAUGUCGCCGUCCGAGUACAGCCCGCCGCCGCCGCCGCCGCCGCCACCGCCGCCGCCGCCCGGCUACCAGGUGGUGCCGGGCGCCCAGUACCCGACCGACGCGUACGGCCCGCUCCCGGCCGGCUGGGACGGCGGCCAGGGCCGGCCCGGCCGUGGCGUCAAGCCCAAGCGCGGCGCCAACAAGAAGGAGCGCCGACGCACCAUGAGCAUCAACAACGCGUUCGCUGAGCUGCGCGAGUGCAUUCCCAACGUGCCAGCCGACACGAAGCUGAGCAAGAUCAAGACGCUGCGCCUAGCCACGUCAUACAUCGCCUACCUCAGCGAGAUCCUGCAGUGCGACGCCGAGGCCGUGCCCGAGUUCAAGGCUGAGGUCAAGAAAACCGACCGCAACGACGAGAAGCGAAAACGCGAACUGACGCGACCGGACAGGAAUUCGCGCAUUGUCUAG